CUGGAGCUCUGUCAGAGUGACCAGAGUCACGGGUCCUGGUUGUGCCAAACAAACACUAAUGGAUUAACAAGCCGUCAUCUCCAAUGUGAGGCUGACUUCGCUGCAGUCUCAAGCGCAGCUCAGCCUGCCGCCUCCCGCAUCCAGAGACGCACAGUGACGGAGCCUCCGACAGAAUCCAUCAUGUUUUAUAUUUGGAUAAUCUCCGGGGUUUGCCCGAUAGGCGUUGCCUGAUGGUCUCCCAUAUGAAGAGCACGCGGCGUGUUCCUCCUGCAGAAGCUGAUGUGAGAUGUUCUGCUUCUGCCAUGGCACGAGCUCUGUUUCCAUGGGGGUUCUUCAGAAAGCCUCUGUACGUCCAGGCCAGAUUUUCCUACCUGCACAUGAAGUACCUGUUCUUUUCCUGGCUGGCCGUGUUUGUGGGGAGCUGGAUCGUCUAUGUGGAGUACUCGUCCUACACAGAGCUGUGUCGUGGGCACGACUGCAAAAAUUCAAUAUGCGACAAAUACAAAAAAGGAGUCAUUGAUGGCUCGGCCUGCAGCAGCCUGUGUGAGAAAGACACCCUGUACCUGGGGAAGUGCUACACUGCCAAGGCCAACAGCCAGGUCUACUCGGGGGUCUGGGGGGAUCUGGAGGGAGUCAUUAAGUGCCAGAUGGAGGAGGCUCCACAGUAUGAAGUGGGGAGCGAAAUGGAGCCCAGGAAGGAGGCUGCUACCUUCAACAAGCCAACCGAGGGGACGUCUGUGGAGAAGUUCAGAGAGAUGAUCCUCAACCACUUAAAGGCUAAAGUGGGGGAUCAGGCCAACCUUGCAGAUCUGGCAACCCAAGUAUUAUCCAUAACAGAUUUCAAUAAGGACGGUCACAUCUCCCUGCCUGAGGCCCGCUCCACAUGGGCUCUGCUGCAGCUCAAUGAGUUCCUGUUAGCUUUAGUCCUGCAAGACAGAGAGCACACACCUAAGUUACUGGGCUUCUGUGGGGACCUUUAUGUGAUGGAGAAGGUGCCAUAUUCUCCACUCUAUGGGAUCAGUCUACCCUGGAUCAUGGAGGUGUGGAUUCCUGCUGGUCUGCGGCGCAGCAUGGACCAGUGGUUCACCCCGUCCUGGCCUCACAAAGCCAAGAUCUCCAUCGGACUGCUGGAGCUGGUGGAGGACAUUUUUCAUGGCACUUUUGGCAGCUUCCUCAUGUGCGAUGUAAGCGCCAAUAGUUUUGGAUACAAUGAUCGCCACGACCUGAAGGUGAUGGAUGCACGGUACAUUGUUCCUGAAUCCACCUUUCAAGAAAUUAUCAGGCAGCAGCGCUGUGAUGUGGAUGAGGAUUGCCUCUAUGGGGCAGACUGCCUCACUUCCUGCGACCUCACCAAGCACCGCUGCACACCUGAGGUCACCAGGCCGAACUUAGCCAAAGCCUGCGAGACGCUCAAGGACUACAUUCUGAGAGGAGCGCCGUCUGAUGUGAGGGAGGAGCUGGAGAAGCAGCUGUAUGCUUGCAUUGCACUGAAAGGUUCAACAGAACAGAUGGAAAUUGAGCAUUCGCUAGUUCUGAACAAUCUCAAGACUUUACUCUGGAAGAAAAUCUCUCACACUAAAGACUCUUAAAAAAAUAUGGCAUUGCACAAAAGCACAAGGAUUUAUUAUCCUUAGUUUUUUAAUCAAUAUAUGGACUCUUUCCACUGUGGAAACAGAGGAGGGAUUCCUCUCGCAUUUAUCUAAACAUGCAUAACAUUUUA